AUGGCAGCCUCCUUCAUCUCUAGGACGUUCUUGUCCUACACGAGUUGUGGUAGUAUCAGGACAUUGAAGGACGCCGUGGCUGUUGGUUGCACGAGGAGAAAUUUUGUGACAACAGGCAAAUACCAACAAGCAAACUCAGAAGAUGACAAACUAAACACAGUUCAAAACUCACAAGGCGCUACCCACCAGGAUCCGUUCCCCAUCUUCAGUAAACAGGAAGUGCAGGGUCUGCUAGAGCGUAUAACUGGGUUCAACGCCCUGAAAGUGGCAGGACCACAGAAGAAACCGCUGCAGAGGGCUGUGUACAAGCUUCUGACUGAUGAACAGUUGGAUAAGGAACUGCAGGAGGCACAUGGCCGGUUGAAAGAAAAAUUACAGAUGCCUCCGUUCAUGAAUCCUUAUAAAGAUAAUACAACACCUCUGUCACUAGACCCAGAUCUGGCAGAUUUUGAUACGGCCAAAUAUGUGUUCACAGACAUAUCCUACGGUGUCAAGGACAGGCACCGACAUGUUGUUGUAAGAGAACUGGAUGGUUCACUGAAUAUUGCACCACGUAGUACCAGAGAGAGAAUGAAUCAGAUUUACAACCCCAGGGAAGGGAGAGAGUUCUUUAAGCCUCGGAUGUUUAAUGAGCAAAAUUUAGAGAGAAUGAUAUCCAAAAAACAGUACAUCUACAUCCUGGACAGAGCUUGUUGCCAGUUUGAACCAGAUGAUCCAGAUUAUGUAAAUGUCACACGUAGAGUGUACAGUGCAGUUAACGAUGCCAAAGCCUUUGAGGACUUGAGAUCAACUAGACACUUUGGAUGCUUGGCUUUCUACCUUGUCUGGAACAGGAUGUCUGAUCUGCUCCUCUUGGACAUGCUCAAUAGGGACCUGAUUUCUGAUGCCAAGGACUUGGUCAUCCUGCACUGUAUUAUCCACCCAGACAGCCAGUGUGCAACAUCUGUUGGGAGAUUAGAGAAGGAAGAACCUGUCGCUGUUGUCAAGGCUUACAUAGAGACAGAAGCAAAGUUGAAAGCACAGCUUGAGCUGUCCCUACAAGCCAUGGAAGAUGCAAUGAGAACAAAAGAGAAAUCUGAAGAGAGAUCGUCAUCCUAA